CCUCCUCAAUCUGUUUCUGUUUUCCGCUGGAGCGGCGGGAGCGGCAGAGCGAUGCUGACGGCGCGGCAGGAUGUCUCUCACCUCUUCGUUGUCCUGGUUCCGGACUUUCCGAACUCUCCGAACCUUCCUGGUCGUGCAGCUUUUCCUGGGUCCGGGGUGCCACCUCCACCCGCAGCCCUGCCACCUCCUGGCGCAGAUCGGACACGCAGUGCGCGUCGGUGCGCUCCUGCCGGCGCAACGGGAGGCUCGUCUCCAGGUCCAGGCGGCGCUGAGCCGCACGGCGGCCGCUCUGAGCCGGGACCGGAACCGGGACCAGGAUCCGGACCCCGAGCGGGUGAACUUCCUGCCCUACAACCUGAGCGUGGAGCUGGUGUCCCGGCAGCUGGCCGCCGCGGACCCGGAGUCCCUCAUCCGGUGCGCGUGCCAGCGCGUGCUGGAGCGCGGAGUUUCCGCCGCGCUCGCCUUCCCGCAGAGCCGCGAGGAGCUGCUGCAAGUGGAUCUGCUUGCCGCCGCGCUGCGCGUGCCCGUCGUCAGCCUCAUCGAGCACGCGGAGCCGCUGCGCACGCAGAACCGGUUCCACCUGCAGAUGGUGACAGGGUUUCCAGAAUCUGUGCUGUCUGAUCUGUUGCUGGCGGUUCUGCGGCGGUCCGGUUGGAGGGAAGGGACUGUGGUUCUGUGCCGAGGCUGGGAGGAGGCGGGUGGCCUCCUGCGGUUCCUGGACUCGCAGACCUCUGGUCCUUGGGACGGAUCAGUCACCUGGCACCUGCAGGCGCUGCUGAACCUGACCCAGUCGGCCCAUGACGACACUCAGAUCCACGACUUCCUGUCCCGACAUUUCAGACGGAACCAGCCUCCGCCUGCGGCGGUGCUGCUGUUUGGAGCAGACCCCGAGUGCACGGCGGCGGUGCUGCGCAGCGCCCAGGACCUCGGGCUGACCCUACCCCUGGUCCACUGGGUUCUGGGCCAGCCACUCAGUCCCGACGUGCUCCACACCUUCGGCCUGCCGCUCGGCCUGCUGGCCUACGGAGAGGUGGACAGGAAGCCGCUCGACUUCUACAUCAGAGACGCCCUGCAGCUGAUCACCAGAGCUGUCGCCGCGGCGACCGUGGUAAGACCAGACCUGGCUCUGGUCCAGAACACGGUGAGCUGCCACGACACACCAGAGGCACCAACAGCAGGGUGGUACCUGUCCAGGUUCCUGGCCAACACCUCCUUCUCUGGACUAACGGGUCUGGUUGGCGUUGACCAGAAGCGCUCUCUGGUUCUGACCUCGCAGCGGUUCCACAUCUGGAGCCUGCGGCGUGACGCGCUGGGUCAGCCGGCCUGGGUGACAGUGGGCAGCUGGGAGGAUGGCCAGCUACAGGUGGAGGACCAGGAGGUGUGGCGGGGGCCCAAACCCCGGCGCCGGGCCGAGGUCGAGGCGGACGUGGGGGGCCGCUGGAGGCCAGGGGACGCCUGUGGCGGGGACCCGGGUCCGGUGGUGACCCUGGUGGAGCAUCCCUUUGUGUUCACGCGGGACGUGGACGACGAUAGCAGCUGCCCCGCCGGCCAGUUCUGCCUGGACGCCGGCACCAACAGCUCAGAGACUCUGGAGCGCUACUUCUGGGAGGUGGCGGCCGGGAACGGCAGCUCACUGCCUCUGGAGUACAGGAAGUGUUGCUAUGGUUACUGCAUCGACCUGCUGGAGAAACUGGCUGAGGACCUGGGCUUCCACUUUGACCUCUACAUCGUCGGAGAUGGAAAGUACGGAGGCGUGGAAGGCGGCCGCUGGACGGGGCUGGUGGGCGACCUGCUGAGCGGCCUGGCCGACAUGGCCGUCACCUCCUUCAGCAUCAACUCCGCCCGCAGCCGUGUCAUCGACUUCACCUCGCCCUUCUUCUCCACAAGCCUGGGCAUCCUGGUGCGGAGCAAGGACACGGCGGCCCCUAUCGGAGCCUUCAUGUGGCCCCUGCACUGGUCCAUGUGGGUGGGCAUCUUCCUGGCACUCCACAUCACCGCGCGCUCUUCCUCACCCUGUACACAGUGGAAGAGUCCGUUUGGGAUGACGCCUCACGGUCGCAACAGGGUCAGGGUGUUCUCCUACUCCUCGGCUCUGAAUCUGUGCUACGCCAUCUUGUUUGGGCGAACGGUGUCGUCCAAGACGCCAAAGUGCUGGACCGGCCGCUUCCUGAUGAACCUGUGGGCCAUCUUCUGCCUACUGGUGCUAUCCAGCUACACCGCCAACCUGGCAGCCGUCAUGGUGGGGGAGAAGACCUUUGAGGAGGUCUCUGGGAUCCACGAUGCCAAGCUGCACCAUCCAUCGCAGGGCUUCCGCUUUGGGACGGUGAGAGAGAGCAGCGCUGAAGAUUACAUGAAGAAGAGCUUCCCAGAAAUGCACGAGUACAUGCGGCGCUUCAACGAACCGACAACGCCUGAAGGAGUCGCCACCCUAAAGACAGAUCCUCCUCAGCUCGAUGCCUUCAUCAUGGACAAGGCCCUGCUGGACUACGAAGUUUCCAUUGAUGCCGAGUGUAAACUGGCAACAGUUGGGAAACCCUUUGCCAUCGAAGGUUAUGGCAUCGGACUCCCCCAGAACUCUCCGCUGAGCUCCAACCUGUCCGAGUUCAUCAGCAGGUACAAGUCCGACGGCUACAUGGACCUGCUGCACGACAAGUGGUACAAGGUGGUUCCCUGUGGGAACCGAGUGUUCGCCGUGACCGAGACUCUGCAGAUGGGCAUCAGUCACUUCUCUGGACUCUUCGUGUUGCUGUGCGUCGGAGUGGGCGGAGCUCUGCUGACCCUCGCAGGUGAACACGGGUUUUACCAACUCAUCCUGCCGCACAUACGGCGCCGGCAGAACCUGAAGUACUGGCUGCACACGUCCCAGGUGAGUCAUGAUGUCACCUCAGAGAAGAACUUCAUGUUCCUUGAACGGAGAACUGAGUUCCUGAUUUCUUUCCCACAGAAGAUCCACCGAGCGUUGAAUCUGACGUACGACGAUGUGAAGAGGCAGCGGGCCGAGAGGGAGAAAAGCUGUAACCUGGAGAAGACCCAGGCAGGGCAGGGCCCCGCGAGUCCCUGGGUACCCCCGGGACCCUCAGUACCCACUGCCGCUGCCAGGUGGGACGACGAGUCCAGGAAGGAAACUCCAGCUGCUGCAGAUGCUCGAGACUUCAAGCGAGUUCACUUCAGUCUGGAGACCCUGAACACACGGCGCCUGCUGGCCCGCCUGGCGGUCUCAGAGGCGAAGGGGGGCGGGGCUAAGGGUGACAGGGCGGGACCCAUGAAACCAGGGGCGGGGCCAAGCAGCCGGCUAUGUGAGAAUGGGGGACCGGCAGCUUCAUUGGCCAGUCUGGUGCUCUCACUGCCCUCCUCUUCCUCUGUGAGGACCAAUGCCCCGCCCCUUCCUGGUGUUACUCCUCCCAUUCCAAUAAUAUCCCAACCCCUUCCUGAUGCAACCCCGCCCGUUCCCGAUACGGCUACGCCCCUUCCGGUGGUGGCCACGCCCCUUCCUGCAGAAUUGGCGGCGCUGCAGCAGCAGAUUGAUCAGAUGCGGGAGAAGCUGAGGGCUGCGUUGGCUCGCCGGGCGGACAUCCAGACCUCCCUAGCCAAGCCUGUUUCUAUGGCAACCACCAGCCCACCUCCAGUUUUGGUGACUUCUACAGGGAUCCCGUCCCCCACCUUACCUGCCAUCACCAUGGCAACAAGUCUAUCUCCAAACAGGAAGAGUGUGAUGACCAUGACAGCCCCCCCUCACAGGGUGCUAUCCAAAGUCCCGCCCCUCCGCAGCAGGCUGUCCAAUCAGCGGAGGUGAUGCCUUUGCUUGACUUCCUGUGGACAGACAUUCGGACUGAGAGACAACAGAUUUUAUUUUUAAAACCAGAACAAACGUGAACGCAGCCUCCAUCAUGACAUUCCUCAGUGGCGCCCUCUGGUGGUCCACCCCACCUGUUGACAUACCCAUUGCGUUGAAUUUAGGAUUUUAUGAAUAUUUUUUCUUUUUUCAGACCUGGUGUGAAGCUGUUGUUGUAGGAACCUUUGUGUAAAUGAGAACCAACCAUUUCAGGCAGAAUGAACUGGAAGAGUCGAGGCAUCGGCCCUGAAGAACUCGGCAUUGAAAUUCUUUUUAGAUUUGGUUGAUAAAUGUUUAAAUAUGCAAACAUUUGUUACUACAGGUCAGAUUUUUAUUGUUCUAUCUUUUAGUUUCAAUAAAAUCUACAUUUGAUUUUGGUGGCUUUUAUCUUCCACUGAUUUGCCUACCUGGCUGACUUAUCCUGAUUACCUGGCAGAUGUUCCCAAACAUCAGGAGAAGACUGCCACCAUAAACGUUGCAGGUUUUACUGAGACAUUAAGUUUUCUAGUCUAGUCAAUUGGUCAAAUAACCUGCAGAACAAACUAUUGUUAGGAAUCAGGCAUCGCACCAAUUUUUGGCUUGUGUGAUUAUUAAUAAUUAGGAUCAAUAAUUUAAUGUCAACAAAAUUACUAAUGAGAUGAUUUCUUUAAGUUUAACUGAGGCACCAAUUUGGAAUCAUUAGUCGAACAUGCCAGUCUCUCAUGGAGUGAAUUCAACGCUAUCGGAAAGCUAACUCUGACUUAGCAGGAAGGACUCAGACACUCAAACCUGAAUUUUUUUUUAAAGCUACAGCACAACUUUACGCCAGUUGUGCCACCAUGGGCCCACGGUACCAG